CUUUAUUUGUUGACACUUUCAUGAACUUCUGCUAUAUAAGAGCUAAGGUACCAAAAUAAUAUUAACAGUUUGACGAAGUUCACUUACUGCUAAAUAUGAAGUUCUUUACGGUAUCAUUCCUCAUCGCUUUCGCCGUGGUCCUUGUUAAUGGCCAACGAGGUGGACGUGGUGGACCUGGAGGAUUCGGUGGACUUCGUGGAUUUGGCGGACGUGGCGGACCUGGCGGUCCACAACUAGGAGGUGGUCCUGGCGGUUUUGGUGGUCCCGGCGGUUUUGGUGGCCCUGGCGGUUUUGGUGGUCCUGGCGGUCCCGGCGGUCCUGGCGGUCCUGGUGGUCCUGGCGGUUUUGGUGGCCCUGGGGGUUUUGGUGGUCCUGGCGGUUUUGGUGGUCCUGGCGGAUUUGGUGGCCCUGGUGGUUUUGGUGGUCCCGGCGGUCCUGGCGGUCCUGGUGGUUGUGGUGGUCGUCCUGGCCCACGUCCUUUCAGGCCACUUACAUCCACUACUGUUGCACCAGCUGCCAACUCAACUGUUACUCCCUCAGUUAUUGCUAACUCAACUGUUACACCCUCGGUUGUUGCCAACUCAACUGUUACUCCCUCAGUUAUUGCCAGUACAACUGUUACACCCUCAGUUGUUGCCAACUCAACUGUUGCAGCGAAUUCAACAACUACUACGACCACACUCGCUCCAUAAAUUUAUCAUUAGUUGCUUCAGUUAUUAUAAACAAAUAAUCUGAAUUUCUAAUAAAUGAAAAUAAUUGCAUUAAAA